AUGUGCAAGGACGAAAUUUUAGCGCACCUCACGGAGCUAUUCGGUGAUGUUAUCGAUCAGCAACAUAUUAUCGCCACGAUCGACAUUUUCGAGGAAUUGGAAACUUGCAUCGAGGCACUGCUGCAGGCGGAAGAUCAGAUUAGAUCCUCAAAAAAACCGCUAGCUGUACAAAAGAAUAAAACAGUCAAGGGCCAAGAACCGCUGCCCAUACCCACCGAUCAUGACAUGAACGGACCGGAUGCAUCCACAGGUGCCACCCGCAAGACGACCAUGGCCAAGGACAACCCCACCGCAAUGCCUGCCAGCUUCGCUUCGUUGCUGCAAAAGGGUAGCUUUCCGACACAAUUUCAGCAACCGAUCCAUGGCAACAGUCCUCGGCAUCAGGGGAAGAGCAAGCAUCAAUCCGCAGACCUGCCGGGAAACUUUCAAAUCUUAGUCGACAAGGUGCAAAGAGGUUAUCGCGUAAUGGUUCUGAUGCGCGGUGCUCCCGGCUGCGGCAAGUCGCACCUAUCGCGCACUCUUAUCGACCACACCUCGGGAGGCGAUUAUCGUAAUCACAUUUUCAGCACCGACGACUACUUCAUGGUAAACGGGGUGUACAAAUUCCAGGCAGAUGUGCUUGAUGCUGCGCAUCGGUACAAUCAACAUAAAGUGCUGGCCAAGGCGCGUGACGGGUGGAGCCCAAUCAUAAUUGACAAUACAAACAUUCGGUUAUGGGAGAUGUACCCGUACGUCCAGAUUGCCGUCGACAAUGGUUACCUGUUGGACAUACUCGAACCGAAGACACACUGGAGAAAUAACAGUCGAAGCCUGGCGAUACGCAACACGCACCAUGUUCCGGAAUCGAAAAUCAAAAGCAUGUUGCAAAACUAUGAAAAGCUAGAUGACCCACGGAACCUGUACAUCCUAUGUAAUCUGGAGCAUGCAUUGACUAAACCGGCGAAGAUGCGCCACUAUCCUAUCCUGCCAGAAGACGUCGAAGUAUCGAUGGCGGAGUACUCGGAUCAAAGUCCAACUGUGCAACCACAGCAGGCCGCAAAGUGGGGCGAAGAGUGGGAAAGCAGCACAAAAGAGACGACGGAAUCCAAAGCACGAUCGUCAAAUAAGACCACUGGGUGUGUAGCUAAAAAUGUCGUUCCAAAACCACCACGUGAUUUCAAAAGCAUUGAAACUAAGACAUCCCCGCGGCUCUUAGCGCUGGAGGAAGAGAGCGAUCUCGGUGCAGCUGGAGGAUACUCAGCGGAAGAUGAUUUUUCGUGGGAUUUUACCGAAGACUGGCGCACGAAUGACACGAAUUGGAAGCCGUACGACACGGAGAGCAACCAGUUUUGGGGUCAAUCGACUUCGACUGUGUCGAAGGAGAACCAGUACAAAGUUCCCAAUGGAGACGAUCCGCUCGUUGCAAUAGAGGCCCAACCACAACGGACGCGUGCGCUCAACCCAAAUCAUGAACCAAUUGCGGAGUUUCUCCUAUCCAGCGUAAAGGAACCGACAAAGUUACCAGUCAAGGCAACGGAUCCGGCACCCAAGUCUCCCUCAUCGCUCGUGUCUCAUGGAGUCAAAGAGAAAGCAUCGAAAAAGACCGACAAAAAGCGAAUCGCUCUCAUCAAGCAUCGACGAGGAUGCCCAAACGAAAAUGCAAGUUUUUCAGAAAUUUGCAAUCUUUACCCCAAAGUACCGGAAUCGUACCUGUGGGACUUGUUCGAGAAGUGCAGCGGCGAUGGCGAUUGGGUUGCAAAUUUGCUGCUCGAGGAGCAAAAGCUGGAAAACUUCGAAAGCUCCACCACGCAACGAACGGAGGAGAACGAGACGAUGGAUGACCUGGCGCGAAGUGCAAUCCAGUGGAACCUGCUCGAAUGCAGCUGCAAUGAACCGAUGGCAAAGGCCAUCUCUCCAGCCGAAACACCCACCGCGGUCGAUUUGGUGGAGAAUGUGAACGAUGUUGCGGAGAUGGAUGGAAAUUUGAUCACUACCAACGCAAGUUCUUCGGCACAAUCCCCACGUGAAUUGGCACGCCGUGGGCAGAGUCAACGAGAGAAUUCGCAGGUGAUCAAGAAAGAAAUAGAGGCACGAUUCAUUCUGGGGAAUGAGCACUUUUCGGAACACAUCCAAAAGCUGCGCCUCGCGCGACGCAUUGUCGCCGUCGACGAGUCUUCGCCCGAGGAUAUUUUGGAUCUCGAUACCGGUGACAAAACGACGGAUAGCGAGGUUGUCGAAUUGCGGCUAGGUGUGGAGUUGGUCGAGCAGCUGCAUGCGCUCUUCAAGGACAAGCAUUGUCCGAAAUCACUCGAGUUGAAUGAAAUUAAGUCGGAUCGCACUCGCGUGUUCAUGGCCACAGAAACAGCGGAGCAACUGUACUUACUGUUUCUCGAUUCACUGUAUAGCUACAGCGAAGAGGAAAAACUGUUUAGCCUUCGGAAAGACGCCCGGAUGGCCAAGAUGAUGGAAACUGAAGAAAAAUAUCCGGCUCUAUUCAAACAGCAAGACCCAUCCGGAGUGCCGAACCUGAAGGACAUCAUCGAGAUGGAGGAGGCACUUGCGGCGUACCAGAAAGAAACUAACUCCUCCUGGCAGAAGGACGGUCCGCCCGAUCUGGCCCAGCAGAUGUCACAACAGAAGCUAAAGGAGAUGUUCCCGCACGUGCCCGGGGAGGAUUUGGUGCAGAUCCUUGCGGCGCACAACAACCGGUUCGACGAGACAGUGCAGGUCGUGAACGCCUCCAUUCCAGAGACCGUGCGUCGGCAGAUGCUUGAGAAGGAAGAGCUGCUAAAGCAACGAGCCGAAAAUGAAAAGCAAAAGUUGCUCGACCUCUUCAGCUCCCCCUCGUUUACGACCCCUUCACCUACCUCAUCUAGCGAGGAAGCUAUCAACUUCCACCUCGUGAAGGCCGAAGAAUGCCGCAAUUUGGCGCAACAUCAUUUGGACCUGAAGAAUGAAUGCCACGAAAAGGCGCGCCAGGCAAUACAACGAAGCGUUCCGGGAUUGGCCGACUACUACUCGCAGAUCGCGCGGCUUCACCGAACGAAGAUCGACAUGUACAACAGUCGGGCAUCGAACUGCAUCAUGGAGGUGCACAAGCUGAAGCUGAAUAAUGCAGAAGUGCUUGAUCUGCAUUAUCUCCACUCGCAGGAAGCGCUUCGUUGUUUGGAAAUGUUCCUUGCCGAACAUGCCUCAAAGCUGCGCAGUUCCCAGCUGCGCUUUAUGACUCUUUACAUCAUCACGGGCCGCGGUUUGCAUUCGACCGACGGAAAACCAAUCAUCAAGCAACGGGUUAAGACAAUGUUACGAAUCAAGAACAUAAGAUACACUGAGCUGAAUCCAGGAUUUUUGAAGAUAAAACUUUACAACCGGGACGAUCUAGAGCAGCUGAUGCUCAUGUCCUAACCAAGCGCAUUAUAGAUGCCGCCGACGGAAUGCAAAAGUGAAUCAAGUGUACUUAAAUUCUUCUCAUACCAUCUGGCCAUCUCGAAUGAUCUAUCUUCUUCUGACGAUGAUCCUCUAUUACAGAAUACCUUAUGCAUACGUUGUGUAAGAAAGAGAAGCCCGAUGUACCUGAUUUUAAGUCUUAUUUUUUUACGCGAAUCAAAGCCAUUUAGCUUAUAAAGGACAUCAUAGCAUAGCAACCAAUAGGUACCGAAUUGACGUAGUCAUUCGGUACUUUUCGCAUGUCUUGAUGGGACGAGUUCCAAUUUGAACGCACAUUUUCAGUUUAUCAUU